AUGGCGUCAUUCGAUCAAGACACAAAUCAGUUCAAGGUCCUCAUAGCUGGUGGGAGUCUCGUGGGUCUCGGCCUAGCCCUAGCUUUUGAGCGCGUCGGAAUCGAAUACGAACUUUUUGAAAAGGGAGACUUCGCAACACAACUGGGCGCCUCUAUCGGAAUCCAUCCGCAUACCAUAAGAAUUCUAGAGCAGCUAGGAGUAUGGGAGGAUAUUAAGAAACAGGUUGUACCUCUGCAACUUCGAAAACAUUAUGACGGAAACGGCCAUUGCUUUGAGAAGUCGCAUGUUCUAGUCGACAUCAAUGAAAUCCUUCAACGUCCAAUUAUUUUCAUGGAGCGAUGCAAAGCCUUGGAAGUGCUAUACAACCAUGUUCAAGACAAAUCAAAGCUCCAUGCCCGAACUGCCGUCGUUGGGUAUGAAGAAACCCAACAGUCGGUUAUCGUCACCACCGAAGAUGGCACGCAGCACCACGGUCACAUCCUGAUCGGCGCGGACGGAAUCCACAGCAAAGUGAGAAAGCUGAUGGCCGACAAAAUCAGCGUGACUGAUCAGGCUCUCGCUAAUGAAAUCAACGAGGCCUUUACAAGCGAGUACGACUGCAUCUUUGCUGUCUCCCGGAAUGAUACCGAGAAGCAGUUCUUACCUGAUGCGAUGGUUCACAACGUGUACUACGAUAACUACUCUGCAAUUGCAGCUGCUGGUGUGCAUGGGCUUGUUUUUUGGUUUCUUUUUGUCAAGGACUCCAAAUGCACGAGAACCCCCAACUGCCCGCGAUUCACGGAUGAAGACGCAGAGGCAACAAUCCAGAGGUACGGCAGUUCUCUGGUGGGCCCUGGUUAUACCGUGAAGGAUCUUUGGGAUGCUAGAGUCAAAGGCACAAUGGUACCAUUGGAGGAAGGUGUCAUCAAACAGUGGAGCCAUAACCGGGUCGUUCUGAUGGGUGAUUCAGUUCACAAGGUUUGGGAUCUCCCGCUGAACUUCAAGGAUUUAACUAAUUUCUUAAUUCGGCAGGCUACAAUCAAUCCUGGCCUAGGUGGUAACCUGGCCUAUGAAGGUAUUGCUCGUUUGACCAACGGUCUCGUGCCGUUACUCAAGGACAACCCCAUGCCAUCCCUUCAGCAGUUGACCGACGUUUUCAAUCAGUAUAUCGCUGGUCAGGAGCCUCGAGCAAAAACAGUAGUUGAUCUAUCUGGUCAGAUUACGCGCUAUGAAGCCCAAGAUACCUGGGUCCUCAAAUUUGCGGCCCGUCACAUUGUCCCCUGGGUUAGUGACAGGCUCAAGGCUAAGCUGUAUGCUAGUUUCUCGAGAGGCGGUCCUUAUUUGGAAUAUCUCCCACUACCUGUGAUGGAUGCAGACCUGGCGAAGCCUGCUAAGAAGCACAGUCGUGGCAUUUCCCCAAAGCAGAUUACAAUAGUCAUGGUCAUUGGCGGCACUGCGGCUGUUUUCUGGAAUGUACGUAACCAGAACAGCUUGCUGUCGACGUUCUCUGCAUUUAUGAGACAGUGGAAUAAGUCAUGA